AUGGCGGAGGCCGACAAACUGAACAUUGAUUCCAUCAUUCAGCGUCUGCUGGAAGGUAGUUUCUUGUUGUUUUCUCAUUGCCGCUCUGUUUGCCCGGUUGCAGUGAAAGGCUCCAGACCUGGCAAGAACGUCCAGUUGACAGAAAACGAGAUCCGGGGUCUUUGCCUGAAAUCCAGGGAGAUCUUCCUCAGCCAGCCAAUCCUGCUGGAACUGGAGGCGCCUCUUAAGAUUUGUGGGGAUGUUCACGGACAAUACUACGACCUAAUGAGGCUGUUCGAAUACGGGGGCUUCCCGCCGGAGAGCAACUACUUGUUCCUGGGCGACUACGUGGACCGAGGCAAGCAGUCACUGGAGACCAUCUGCCUCUUGCUGGCCUACAAGAUCAAAUACCCAGAGAACUUCUUCCUGCUGAGGGGAAACCACGAGUGUGCCUCCAUAAACAGGAUAUACGGCUUCUACGACGAGUGUAAGAGGCGGUACAACAUAAAGCUGUGGAAGACAUUCACCGACUGUUUCAACUGUUUGCCAGUCGCCGCCAUUGUUGACGAGAAGAUUUUCUGCUGCCACGGAGGGCUGUCUCCGGACCUGCAGUCCAUGGAGCAGGUACGGCGGGUGAUGCGGCCCACCGACGUGCCGGAUCAGGGUUUGCUGUGCGACCUGCUCUGGGCCGACCCCGACAAGGACGUGCUGGGCUGGGGUGAGAACGACCGCGGUGUCUCUUUCACCUUCGGCGCCGACGUGGUCACCAAGUUCCUCCACAAGCACGACAUGGACCUCAUCUGCCGAGCCCAUCAGGUGGUGGAGGACGGGUAUGAGUUUUUCGCCAAGCGGCAGCUGGUGACGCUCUUCUCCGCCCCCAACUAUUGUGGCGAGUUCGAUAACGCCGGCGCCAUGAUGAGCGUGGACGAGACCCUCAUGUGCUCCUUCCAGAUCCUGAAACCUGCCGACAAGAAGCUCUUCUACACCGGCGGAGGCGGCAUGGGGUCGGGCCGCCCUGUCACCCCACCAAGGAAAGCUAAGAAAUGA